AGAUGAUAUAUUAUCACUGAUAUCAACCUCAAUUUGUUUCGUAAUAAGACAGCAAUUGAUUGUCUACAAUUUAUGAAUACAAGUCUACAGCAAUAAAAUCAUAUUUUCUCAAACUGAAAUAGUCUGCUUUCGCUUUUUAUGAAAAAAUUCUUUCUAACAAGAGUAUCAACCUUUUCUGAGGAGUUUGUACCAAAAGUACCCAUUACUGACGCCCUCCAUUGGAGAGAUUUCCAUUCCAUUUUACUCAACAUUUAUAGAUUUUCUCGUCUUCGAAAAUCAAGAGAACUUGCUACGCCAACAUUCUCUGGACAUAAGUAGUAGGACCAAACCUGGUACACUUUACAUGUUGGCUAUUCCUUUGUUCUACUUCGGUAUUAUGCAAUGUAGUACGAUUACUUCUUUUUUUUUCGAUGACUAAAACAAACAUGGAUAGGAUUCCAGUUAUACUAGCAAUUAUGGAGUCACCUUUGAUUUAAAACUAGCGUUUCUUUUUCUUUCGCAACACAGAAUAUUUACCCCAUCGUUGUACGAAGCUAUUCAUUUUAAAAAGUGAGAAAAAAGAACAUAAAGAAAAAACCCGAAAAUGCUAAUCCUCGGUUGAAAUUUUCUCCUAAACAACUUUCCCUAAACUAUUUUCAUAAAUGAGUCGUGUUUUCCCCAAUAUUUUAUAUACCUUCCAUCAGUAUUACUUUAUCAAUGGGGUACAAAGAAAGAUAAGCCGUUGACUGUUCAUGUACAUAUAUAAGAUGACUCUGAAAUCUGCUAUAAUAAGGGAGCAAGGACUAUAAAAAUUUGACAAGCCUCACGUUUAAGUACUGGUUUAAAAACAUUUGCUAGCAUUUAUCGUUAUCAGUUCUGGGUCUUUGAUUUCACUAGUGGUACUCAUUCCUUUUGGUCAUUUACAAGAGACAUUUAGUAAGUCUUCCUCUUUUCUUUAAAAAUUCAUUAAAUUUAUUUGCGAAUAUUCAUUUUCAUAAUGCCUUCUUCAGAAUUACCUGAAUUUCCUAGUUCAAGUAAGAGCACAGGAUCUUUCAAGGAAAAGGCUGAGGAUAGCAUUAAGGAUUUUUCUAUUGAAAAACCCAUUACAACGGAAGGCGUUGGAGAGGUGGAUAUUGUCGCAAAUGAAUUGCUCGACGAUGAUGAUUUUACCUUUACGGAGAAAGAAGCUAGGAAGGUGCUUUGGAAGAUUGACCUUGUAUUUAUGCCAGCUAUGUGUAUUACGUAUAUGAUCCAGUACCUGGACAAGACAGCAUUAUCUUAUGCGGCUCUUUAUGGCAUGAAAAACGAUACACAUAUAAGUGGUCAUACUUAUAGCAGUAUGACCACGCUCUUUUACGUCGGCUACCUGGUAGCUCAGUAUCCUGCCGCUUAUAUUAUGCAAAAAGUUCCUCUUUCCUUAUUUAUUCUUGUAAAUGUAAUUCUUUGGAGUGCCAUGGUUUGUUUGAUGGCUGCUUGUCACAACGGCUCUUCUCUUUUAGCUCUACGAUUUCUAGCCGGUGUAUUUGAAGCGUCUAUUACGCCUGCUUUUAUUAAUAUUACUGCUAUGUGGUAUAAGCGUGAAGAACAGCCUAUGCGGACUCUUUGUUGGUAUGCAUUCAACGGUACCGCUCAGAUUGUCGGGUCCAUUUUAUCUUAUGGACUAGGCCAUAUUCACCAAAAAAUCUCCUCAUGGAGAUACAUAUUCAUUGUCAUAGGUCUACUUUCACUAGUUUGGGGCCUCAUUUUUAUUUUCAUCCCCAGCAAUCCCACUAAAGCACGUUUCCUUAGUCAUCGGGAAAGACGAAUAGCUUUAGAGAGAGUAAGAGAAAAUAGAACAGGACUGGAGAACAAGACUUUCAAAGUUUCUCAAGCCUGGGAAGCGUUUCGUGAUCCUCAAGUGAUUAUGAUCACCUUGUUUACUGGUAUUUGCAUGAUUACCAAUGGUAUUGGUGUCUUUAGUACUUUAAUUAUCAAUGGACUUGGAUAUAACGAACUGAAAUCAACCGUUCUUAACAUGCCGUUGGGUGCAAUUGAAAUUGCUGCCAUGGUUGUCAGCGGUAUUCUUUGUAAGAUCUUUAAAGAGGGACGUUUGUUAAUCGGUGCUUUCUGCAAUUGUUUAAACUUGGUUGGAUGUAUUAUGAUUUGGAAAAUUCCUGCAACGAAUCCGUACGGUCGCUUGGUGGGCGUAUGGUUUACUAUGUGGGUUCCUGCAGGUAGUGCCUUACUGUUGUCGCUCAUAUCUUCAAAUGUCGCUGGUUACACAAAAAAGAGCGUUACGAAUGCGACUGUCUUUGUUUUUUAUUCAAUAGGAAACAUUGUCGCUCCGCAGCUGUUCAAAUCUGGACAAACCCCAGAGUAUAUUGAAGGCAUCCAAGCUAUGAUUGUCGCACUUUGUUUAAUCAUCUUUAUAGCUUUCUUGUUAACCGGUUAUUAUCUCUAUGAAAAUAAAAGAAGAGAUAAUAUUAUGGAGAACGACCCUUCUACACAGUACUCUGUUAAGAACGAAGAGUUUAUGGACCUCACUGACCGUGAGCAGAUCAAGUUUCGAUAUCGGUGGUAAGCAGUAAGCACUAACUUUUUUUAAUUAACUUUUAUU